GAAGCCAGGCAAGAUGAAAUAGAUACUGGUGUUGUUUAUUAUGGUCCGAUCUCAUCCACUAUCAAGAAAGUAAACCUCCUUUCUCUUACAACCUGCUGCCUGUCAGUAUCACUGGGCCCAGUGCCCCAUGCCCCAGUCAUAACCUUCAUGACAUCUCCUGACAUGAAUGUGAUCCUCAAGAGUGUAAUUGCAUCAUCAGUGAUAUUUUUAAGUGAUCUUUUAUUUUUCCUCGUUCUGUUUGAUUGCAUGCUCUUCUUCCUUUUGCUUGUUCUGUCCGCAUUUCUUCACGACAAUACGAAAGAAAGAAAGUAA